CACGAACCCGUGUCUCCUGCAUCGGCAGGUGGACUCUCAACCACUACGCCACCAGGGAAGCCCUCCAGUCUUCUUUAGUGGCUCUUCUGAAAAGAGUUUUAUCAGGAUUAGGUAAAGUGUCACUUGAUCCCGAGGUACAGCAAAUCAGUAUGUAACUCUGAGGCUCUUCUCGACUCGGUGGUAUUUCUGUUCUUGAGACAAAGAUAAUUUCAGAAAAUGCUACCGAAGGUGGCCGCUCCCCUGUGUUCCUCCCCCUCUCCCCAUCUGCUGUCACGGUCCCUCCUGCAUCCUAAGAGGACACAUCUCUGUGGCAGUGUCUUGGCUUUUAAGCUGUUCCAGUUUUGGUGAUAAAGGCUCACAACUGCACUUCUUGUUGCAGUCUGUGAAGAAGAUGGAGGGGUAUUUGCCACCGUCCAUUUAUCAUAAUUAUAGCAUGUACCGUUGCAAAUGGAAAGGGGCAGUUAGAGAGAAAAUUCCUUCUUCCAGAGAAGACAAUGAAAGUGGCAGAUUUAGCUGCUGACACUCUGUGCUUUGUCGGAGAAGUCUUUGAAGAGCUCCUCCCGGAUUUAAUCAUGAUCAGGAUCAGGUACUUCUGUGCUCAUGUGCCCACGUCCAGAUUUCUGCGUCUGAAGCUCUGCAGCUCUGAGACGUCCCUUCUGUGCUCAUGAAAUCUCAUGAGCCCGAGGCUGACCCCCUCCACGGUCCUACUCAGGCCCUCAGGGCUGCUUCUCAGAAUUUGGAGAAAAGUGGUAUAUCAGAGAAAAAUGACGUAGAUUUAAAAGGAAUUGCAUUUGUCAUCCAGAGUCAAAGUAAUUCUUUUCAUGCAAAGAAAGCAGAACAGUUAAAACAAAGCAUCUUAAAGCAAGCUGCAGAUCUUACCCAGGAAGUCCCCAGAGUCCUCCUCCUUCACCAGCUGGCUCAGCAGGAAGGCGCGUGGACCAUACUUCCGUUGUUACCGCACUUUUCUGUAACAUAUAGUAGAAAUUCAUCAUGGAUUUUCUUCUGUGAAGAAGAGACAAGAAUACAAAUUCCACAACUCUUACAAGCACUCAGAAGAUAUGACCCAUCAAAGGAAUGGUUUUUAGGAAAAGCAUUACAUGACGAAGAAUCUACGAUAAUUCACCAUUAUGCCUUUUCCGAAAAUCCUACAGUUUUUAAAUACCCAGACUUCGCUGCUGGCUGGGCCCUUAGUAUCCCACUGGUAAACAAGCUUACCAAGAGAUUGAAGAGCGAGUCCCUGAAAUCCGACUUUACAAUAGAUUUAAAAUAUGAGAUCGCUCUCUACAUCUGGGACAGAGGUGAUGGACCGCCCCUCACUCCUGUGCCUGAGUUUUGUACAGACGGGGUGGACUCUUCCUGUGCCACCGCGUUUCAUUCUUUUCUGCCGCUUUGCGGAAAUCCAGUGAAGAAGAAGGAUAUUUUUGUUGCAGUAAAGACAUGCAAGAAAUUUCAUGGUGACAGAAUCCCCAUCGUAAAGCAGACUUGGGCGGGGCAGGCAGGUCACAUCGAAUACUACAGCGAUUACGCAGACAGUUCUGUUCCGACGGUGGAUCUGGGAAUUCCUAAUACAGAGAGAGGUCACUGUGGAAAGACAUUUGCCAUUUUGGAAAGAUUUUUGAAUCACAGCUAUGACAAAAUAGCAUGGUUAGUCAUCGUGGAUGAUGACACAUUAAUAAGCAUCUCCAGGCUCCAGCACCUGCUGAGCUGUUACGAUGCCAGUGAACCCGUGUUUCUGGGAGAGCGUUACGGCUACGGCCUGGGCACCGGCGGCUACAGCUACGUCACAGGAGGAGGAGGGAUGGUCUUCAGCAGGGAGGCAAUCAGGAGACUUCUCGCCAGCAAGUGUCGCUGCUACAGCAAUGACGCUCCAGAUGAUAUGGUCCUGGGGAUGUGCUUUAGUGGGUUAGGAGUCCCUGUGACACACAGCCCUCUCUUCCAUCAGGCUCGGCCUGUGGAUUACCCUAAGGACUACCUAUCUCACCAAGUUCCCAUAUCGUUCCACAAGCACUGGAACAUCGAUCCCGUGAAGGUCUAUUUCACAUGGUUGGCACCCAGUGAGGAAGACAGAGCCAGGCAGGAGACACGAAAAGGCUUUAAAGAAGAGUUAUAAAGCAUGGUGGCCUGUGGGCACAGGCAGGACACAGAAGCAGAGACUGGCAUUGUCCUGCUGUGCUGGAUCACACUGCUUACGUGCGACAUGCAGCAUCGGAAGCUUCCUGACUUUAGGUGGACGUUAUUAUACGGUAAUUUUUGAGUUGAGGGUGGGGAAGGAGUCAUAGGGAAAACAGAGAUUUUUGUUUUCUGGGGAAGAUCACUUGCUUUAGCAUUAUGCCGUUAUUGCGAUACACAAUGAUUACGGUGUAUCUUUCAAGCUGUGAAACAGCUUUAUUUCUGUCAUAGAAAAAUAAAUGGUACCAGAAUUUUC